AUGGGCGAUGCGAGUCUUACUGUGACGGGUCGCAAUCAGGCCAGCGUACUAGGCUCAGGAACACUUUCGGCGUCCGAGGUGAUAUACACGCUUUCACCAUCGAUCAAAAACCACUCGCUCCAAUCAAUUGUUCUCAACCCAGCUGCGUUCGAGAGUGACACUGCCGAUGGCAAAGCGACAUUUGUCGAAUCUAAAACGGAGACGGCAUUGCUCUCAUUCGCACGAGAGCAACUCGGGCUUGGACUAGUAGGCGAGGAGAGAGCAAACACAAAGAUCAUGCAGAUCUUCCCGUUCGACUCAAGCCGCAAAUGUAUGGCGGUGGUUAUUAAGAGGAAUAAUAGAAAGUAUAGAAUGCUGGUUAAAGGAGCUGCAGAGAUCUUACUCCGUCAAUUAACACAAAUCGUACAGGACGCAACCAUUGGUCUGGCUGAAGCACCACUCUCCGUGGACAAUAGGGUCGCGAUGGACACCAUUAUCACCGACUAUGCGUCUCGAUCUCUGAGAUGUAUUGCGCUUGUGCAUCGAGACUUCGAAAUCUGGUCGCCUCAUGAGGCGGUGACGCGCGAAAAUGACGGCGAAAUGUGCGGCAUCUACACACCUAGUGGUAUCGCCAUCGAAGGGCCUGCAUUCCGCCAGUUAAGCCAUGGUAGGAUAGUCGAGCUUAUUCCAAGGCUGCAGAUCAUCGCGCAGUCAAGUCCGGACGACAAGAAAAUUUUGGUCACCCAGCUCAAGAAACUUGGCGAGACUGUCGCUGUGACUGGGGAUGGGACAAAUGACGCACAGGGACUUAAGCCCGCCGAUGUUGGCUUCGCACUGGGCCUUACUAACACGGAAGUUGCUAAGGAAGCGUCAGAUAUUAUCAUAAUAGACAACAAUUUUGCAUCAAGUGUCAAGGCGAUAGCAUGGGGGCGCAAAGUUAAUGACGCCAUCAGGAAAUUCCUUCAGUUCCAAAUAACUGUCAACAUCACGGCUAGCGUUCUUACCUUUGUUUCCUCUGCUGCCAGUAAUAAGGAAGAUCCUGUUCUCAGCGCAGUGCAGCUGCUCAAGUUGACGAAUUCUACUGUAGCAACUGAUCUUCCUUCGCCUUACGUGCUCGAGCGCAAACCUGACCCCAAAUCCGCGCCAUUAAUCACCUUGACAAUGUGGAAAAUGAUCAUUGGUCAGGCCGUCUAUCAAUUAGCCGUGACGCUUUUCCUGCACUCUGGCGGCGGAUCCAACUUCGUGAAUUGGGAUAAUGGGUCGAUGCAGACUGUGGUAUUCAAUACCUGCCGCCGGAUUGACAAUCACCUAAGUAUUAUGGAGGGCGUCCUAAGCAACAGAUGGUUCAUCACUAUCCAAGUCAUCAUUAUAGGUGGCCAAGUUCUGAUCAUCUUCCUCGGCCGGAAGGCAUUUGCCGUACAACGUCUUGACCAGCCCUCCCAGUGGGCAGUGAGCGUGUUGCUUGGCGCUCUCGCAGUACCAAUGGGGAUGAUGAUUCGUUUGGUCCUGGAUAAAGUCAUCCCUAAGAUCAUUUUAUAUAUUUGGCCCCGCGCAAGCAGUCCUGGGCUGGAUGUCUCUGGCGAAAGCCACCACUACGAGGGGGAUAUGACGAUGGAGGAAACCCGCGACCAGCAGGCGUCCAUGAAGAAGUCUCGCGGUCGCUCACGUUUCCCACAUUCCCCGACGCCUCCUAAGCUGCUCACGGUGGCUGAAGCUACGGCGGCCGACGGCAACACUGUGGAUGGUGAUUAG